GUAGAUCCUGAAUUGCUUAUUAUCAUCUAUCGCUUAUCAUUGCGGAGUGAAACGUUCGCGAAGAGAAAACUCUGUGAAGAGAUUUGGAUCCGGGAAACGCUUGCAUAGAAACUGAACACCAAAGUGGAUUAUUAUAUCGAAGGAAUAUUGAAUUCAGAUUGGUGACAUAGGCAAAGGUUGUGACUUUUUAAAUUUUUGACGACCAGCGGAAAAAAGAUGGACAAAUUGGAUUAUAUGCCGACCACCAUACCUAAUUAUUCAUACGUCUUUAACUUCGAAAAAAGACUCGCUUAUUCGAAUAUUGUUAUGCGGAUUACGAACCACUAUCCAUAUUGUUUCUGCUACUGUCUCUUUUACAUUAUCCUAAUUUUUGCCGGAAAAUAUUUCAUGUCCAGUAGACCAAAGUUCGAGCUGAGAGGAACGCUCGCUUUGUGGAAUGCCUCGCUUGCAGUGUUCUCCAUUUUUGGAUUCCUCCGGGUGGGAUCAGAAUUAUAUCACGUAUUACGUCAUUAUGGAUUUCAAUAUAGUGUCUGUAUCAGUUAUAUAACAUAUGAUCCCGUGAUGACUUUUUGGACCUUAAUGUUCAUUGUAUCAAAGAUCGUGGAGUUUGGUGAUACAGUCUUCAUUGUGCUACGGAAACAGCCAUUGAAAUUUUUACAUUGGUAUCAUCAUAUAACAGUUCUUCUUUAUUCAUGGUUGUGUUUUAUAGAGAAUGCACCAUACUCCAGAUGGAAUUGCGCAAUAAAUUACUUUGUUCAUUCCUGGAUGUAUUCCUAUUAUGCUCUGAAAGUAAUGCGAUUCAAUCUACCAAGAUGGUUUGCCAUGUUGAUCACAACGCUACAGACACUACAGAUGGUGUGGGGUUGUUUUAUAGCUACUAUGACUUACAACUAUAUAAGAAACGAUCAAAUUGACUGUCACGUUAAAUCCUACAACAUCAAAAUUGGUCUGUUGUUAUACUUCAGCUAUUUCAUUCUCUUUAGCAGAUUCUUCAAACAGGCUUAUCUAUCCAAUAAUUGCAGAAAGAUAAAAGAAAGCUCAAAGCAUGCUCAAGACUAAUUAAAGACACAUUUUAGAAAACUUUUUCUAAGAACGCCCUGCAGUGGCGUUCCUUGAAAGCAUGUUGUUGGAAUCUGUUAAAACUUCUAUGCAAUUCAUGAAACUGGGUAUGUAGCAAAUAAAUAAAACUUAUUUAU